ACUACGAGGCUGUUUCAGUCAUUCCAUUUCCUCAGAACGAGAGACGUUAGUUUUUUCUAUACUUUAUAAAUGCAUUGACAUGCUGCUCGGUUGUGGAACAGCAUUGGGCAGGAUCGCCUUAGUAAUUUUAUUAGCCUAUGACUGGUGGCUUAAUUAAUGUAGCAAUUUUUUUUUACAAAUUAGUCGGACAAGUUUAAUGAGAAGACUUCGAGGUAUAUGUCACUCUUCUGCAUAUCUUUUUUAGCAUAUCAACAUGUGGCAUGGGCUUUUGGUGUGGGUCACGGAAGAUCGUCCUGGAAGAACUUGAGAAGAGAUCAUGAUUCACACUAACUGCAUGAAGAAUUUCCUCAUGUUAAAAUGAAUGAGAAACCCAAUAAAUGGAUUUUCAUCCCAAUUUUAGCCAUUCUUUUUGUCAUGAUUGGGUAUCAAUAUAUUUGCCCGGCAGGCAGUCAGUCUUGUCAUUUUAGGACCGGCGAUAAACUGGUGGGGAACGGUCCACUAUCCACUCCGUACCCGACUACCGAUGUCCUGGACCGGGACCAGGACCCGGAGGAAGACAAUCCUCCUAAAUAUGUGUCCAAAUUUAACUUCACAGAGCGAGAUUUGACACGCGACGUUGAUUUCAACAUAAAGGGAGAUGAUGUGAUUGUGUUUUUGCACAUCCAAAAGACAGGAGGAACCACUUUUGGAAGACACCUAGUCAGGAAUAUCCGCUUAGAACAGCCUUGCGAGUGCAAACCGGGACAAAAGAAAUGCACGUGCCACCGGCCCGGUAAACAGGAGUCCUGGCUCUUCUCGAGGUUUUCCACUGGCUGGAGCUGCGGUUUGCACGCAGAUUGGACUGAACUGACCAACUGUGUGCCUGUGAUUAUGGACAAAAAGCAAUCCCCAAAGCGAAGGAGGAACUUCUACUACAUCACCAUGCUACGAGACCCUGUAUCACGUUACCUGAGUGAAUGGAAGCACGUGCAGCGUGGUGCUACCUGGAAGACUUCCCUUCACAUGUGUGAUGGACGCUCACCCACACAGGACGAGCUGCCCACCUGCUAUAGUGGAGAUGACUGGUCGGGGGUCACUCUGCAUGAGUUCAUGGACUGCCCUUCCAACCUGGCCAACAACCGGCAGGUGCGUAUGUUGGCCGAUCUCAGUCUGGUGGGCUGCUACAACCUCUCCACCAUGAAUGAGAGUGAACGAAACCCUAUUCUGCUAGCUAGCGCCAUGAGCAACCUGAAGAACAUGGCUUUUUAUGGCCUGACUGAAUUCCAGCGCAAGACACAGUUCCUGUUUGAGCGUACCUUUCGUUUGAGAUUUAUUUCCGCUUUCACGCAGCUCAACAGUACGCGCGCCGCCAAUGUGGAGCUGCACGACGACAUGCGACAUCACAUAGAACAACUGAAUUUUCUGGAUAUGCAGUUGUAUGACUUUGCCAAGGACUUGUUUGUGCAGAGAUACCAGUUCAUACGGCAGCGCGAGCGACAGGAGGAGAGAUUGAAGAGGAGGGAGGAGCGGCGCUGGCUCAGGAAGCGGCGAGUUAACCAAAGCAAGCAACCAAGUGAGGAAGCCCAACCUCAGGUCACCACAACUGAGGACUAUGCCAGCCAAGUGGUCCGUUGGUGAUACCUCUUGGAAACAGGCACAAUGACACAGAGAACAUAACAGGACAUGUGUAGAAGAGUAGGAAGAGUAAACAUUCUCUAAUGAGUUUCUUUUGUCAUGAGGCUGGCAAGCAUUUCACAGGCCUGUUGGUUUUUAAAAGAUUUCUGCUGAUUCACCUGCAAUGAAAUCUAGAUGGCAAUGUAUACAUAGAAUGCAAUCAAAUUGCUAACCACUGUCACUAAUUCAAUUAAAGUCAAGUGUGACACUCCUGUACUACCCCAUCCGUACGGGAGUCAAACUGGCAUCUCCAGCAUGGGAGGUGGGUGCGCUAACAAGGAGGCUAAAGGCUACAGCCCCUAGCAUCAGUCGUUGAGGUCAGGAGAGUGAGGUUUAUACAUAUUGCACAGCUAUCUUUCAGCUGACUACCAUUACACAAGCAAUCCCCAAAAUCUAUGUGAAGGAACAACAUACCUACUCAACAAAAUUAUACAAAGGUACAACAGUGAGGGGCAGUUCAUUGCAUUAAAAAGGCAAGACAUGGUGCAAUAAGCAGAAGAGAACGCAGGUGUCUCGGGACACGCUUUUAGCAGCUGAAGAUAUUUUAACUUGACACCUCCUCUAAAACAAUGCAACACUCUUGUGUAAGAUGCUGAAAAAACAGUGAGAUGUGGCGCAAUGGUAAAAGAUGUCUGUCUAGCAAGAGUUUACAUAGGCAAACUAUUAAAAAACAGCACAGAUGAAUACAAAAAUGCAUUUGGUGUGAACUGCCCCAAAGGGGCAUGCAUGCAGGACACAUUAUUAUACUUUUAAAAACAGCCUUAAAUUUUUAAAAACAGACCUUAUUCACUGUAGCGCCAUCUUUGAUUUUUAAUGGGAAUGACAAUGUUGCUGUGAGGGAUAGACUUGCUGGCUCUUGAGUGGCACACACACUAUAAAGCUUCAAAAACUCCUAGAUCACAUCUGAUUUUCCACAACUCAUGUUGUCUGGAGUUUUUUGUCUACUGACUGUUCUUGAAAAUAUAUUUUUUUCAAUGCUUCGUUGGUGAACGAUCCAAAAACACUUUAAACUGCAGUACAGCCCAUUGAAGAGACUGUACAUCUAUCCUUCAUAGUCUUGUUUUCAACAUUCCUAUUAAAAAUGUAAAGAUGCCACUUCUGUGAAUGAGGUCUAUGCAGACACGUUUUUAAUGUUUUUAAUUUAAGGAUAGACUCACAGUUGAGGAGAUAUUUCUCUUCUUUUUUUGAAAGUAGCUUGUGUUAGUUUUUCCAUGAUACGCCAUACAAAUGAGGAUUACUGGACACUGCCAUUACAGGAGCCAUGUCUAGCCUUGUGGCCAGUUGCUACUGUAAAUACUAUAAUACACUAUAAAUCUGGGGGAUAGACCUGUACCCAGCCCUUUCUGAAUAUUUAAAUGUUUUAAAACAGACAUUGAUUUGCAAUGUGUAAAUAAAAUUAACAAUUUGUACACUAAAAAUGCAACCGUUGUGCCAUGAGAUGUGAUGUGCUAAGAGUCAGGGCUGGACGGGUAAUCUGGCAUACCGGGCAUUUUCCUGGUAUGCCGACGCUAUUUGGGGCCGAUCAGGGACGAACUGACCAUCGGGAGAACCGAGCGGGCUUGAAACGUGGCGAAUGGGCCGAGAUAAGUUAAAAUGAGCCAGCACGAUAUGAAGAACG